AUGGCGCAGUACUUCUUCGACCUCCUAUACACAUUCACGGACUGCCUCUGCUGCUUCCCGAGCUCUCCGCAGCUGAAGAUAAACAACCGGAGCUUCAAGCUGCUUCGUCUGCUCGGAGAGGGCGGCUUCUCCUACGUCUACCUGGUCCAGGACAAGAGCACCGACGAGCUCUUUGCGCUCAAAAAGAUCCGAUGCCCAUUCGGUCAAGAGUCCGUGUCUCUUGCUCUUAAAGAAGUCGAAGCAUACGGCCUAUUCACGCCGAACCGGAACAUCAUACACUCGAUCGAUUACUCUGUCGUAACUGAAUCCGGCUCGAAAUUCCGCUCAGACGGGGCAGACGCUGGCUCAAAGACGGUUUACAUCCUGCUGCCGUAUUACCAAAGAGGAAACCUCCAGGAUGCGAUUAAUGCGAAUCUGGUCAACCAUACCACGUUUCCAGAGAAGGAAUUGAUGGUUUUGAUGCUGGGAGUGGCCAAAGCGAUGAAAUGCAUGCAUCAAUAUAAAGUGAAAAGCGCGGCGGCACCAAGAGGAGCUGAAAAUGGAAACGGGUCUACCAAGGGCAGGUCGAGGGCCAAGCCGACCAGACGGACGAGUCGAAGGGCUGAUGACGACGAUGAUACAGAACAGGAACCUUUGAUGGAUGGCGAGGUUGCAAUCAGUCAGGAGGGUGUAGAAGAGGGCGAGUACAGGCCAUAUUCCCACAGGGAUAUCAAGCCAGGAAACAUCAUGAUCGACGAUGACGGAAAGACACCGAUUCUCAUGGACCUGGGAUCCCUCAGCCCUAGCCCUAUCGCAAUCACUUCCCGCUCGCUCGCUAUAGCAGUCCAAGAUACAGCAGCCGAACACAGCACCAUGCCGUAUCGAGCCCCCGAACUAUUCGACGUCAAGACAGGCUCUAUCAUCGACGAAAAGGUCGACAUCUGGUCCCUAGGCUGCACAUUAUACGCCUGCCUCGUCGGCAAGAGCCCCUUCGAAGCCCGCAGCGAAGAAACAGGGGGCAGCCUUGCCAUGUGUGUGCUUGGUGGAGAUUGGCGCUUCCCGGACGAGAAGAGCGGGAAUACCGACGCGGCCAAGGGGAAGGCUAGAGUACCUUCUCAGGACGACCCGGCAGGCCCAGGGUCAGCAGGGAGUGGAGGUAUAAGCCCACCUGUAAAGGAGCUGGUCAGACGCUGUUUACGGGUUGAGCCUGCUGAACGGCCUGAUAUCGAUGAGCUGAUAGCACUUAUCAAGGAGACGAUACAACAACUUCCCGAUGAACCAGGAAUGGCUUCUGGUGUAUAA